CCGCCGGUAGGCCAAAGGUGAGUCACGUGGGCCCUCCGGUUCCGCCGCGGCCGAGGCCCGGGUGUUCACAGACUCCGGCACCAUGUCUCGUUUGUCUGGCCUACACGUCCCGCGUGGCCCUUGCCAGUUCGCGUUGCUGCUGUUACCUCUCCUGCUCGGCCCCAGUUCGGUUCUCGCCAUCUCCUUCCACCUGCCCAUCAACUCCCGCAAGUGCCUCCGCGAGGAGAUCCACAAGGACCUGCUGGUGACCGGCGCCUACGAGAUCACCGACCAAUCUGGGGGCGCGGGCGGCCUGCGCACCCACCUCAAGAUCACAGAUUCUGCUGGCCAUAUUCUAUACUCCAAGGAGGAUGCAACCAAGGGAAAAUUUGCCUUUACCACUGAAGAUUAUGACAUGUUCGAAGUGUGUUUUGAGAGCAAGGGAACAGGGCGGUUACCUGACCAACUCGUGAUCCUAGACAUGAAGCAUGGAGUGGAGGCGAAAAAUUAUGAAGAGAUUGCAAAAGUUGAGAAGCUCAAACCCUUAGAGGUAGAGCUACGACGCCUGGAAGACCUGUCGGAAUCUAUCGUUAAUGAUUUUGCCUACAUGAAGAAACGAGAGGAGGAGAUGCGCGAUACCAAUGAGUCAACAAACACUCGGGUCCUAUACUUCAGCAUCUUUUCAAUGUUCUGUCUCAUUGGACUAGCCACUUGGCAGGUCUUCUACCUUCGCCGCUUCUUCAAGGCCAAGAAGUUGAUUGAGUAAUCAGGCCUACUCUCCUCCCACCUUGUAUCUCAGCCAGCAGAACAUCACUGGGACGCGCCUGGCCUAAGGCUUCCUAUCAACAGCACCACAAAGGCACGUUGGAACUUACUUGCCAGAACUGAUGUCUCUUGGUGUGGGAGGACAUGGGUUACCACCUACACCCAACAAGUCAUUGAGGGACUUCUUUUUAACUUGACAGGAUUUGGACUGGUUUUGCAACAAUAGGACUUAAUAGAGUCACCUGGGACAAAAAAUAGGGGUUACCUAGAUAAUGCCAAAGCCAGCAUUUGUACUGGGUUUCCUCAUGUGAUCUGUUUGAACCAUGCUUUCUUUCCUUCUCCCAUUUGCUCACCAGCUUGGGCUUCCACUCUAAUUCCUUUACCAAGAUUUGAAUGACCAUGUGAAACUUGUUUCAUUCUCAUUGUCCUCUUUGGAUUUCUGUGUGAAAACACCCUUAAGUUUAUCUUAACCAUUAGCUGAAAUGUUUCGGUAGCUCCUGGAGGUGUCCUUUCUUAAUUUUAUGUCUUGUAAAAGGGUAAUGGAUGUGACACCUCAUAGAAAUGAGUUUUGAACUAUAGAUAACUCUUUAAAAAAAUUUUUCAUUUUAGAGAAUUAAAACAUUUGUGCUCAA